AUGCUGCACCACAAAUCGGACGCCUGUCUUGCCACAAUCCAGUGCAAUGCCGCGAGCAGAGCCAUCAAGGUCGGUACGCCUCAACAUCAACAAGCACUUCUGGAGAGGCAUUCGUGCAGCAAGAGAUGCCGAGAUCACCCGUUCGAGGAUCUCAGAGCCUGCCUGGGCGAAGAGAGUAUUGCGGCGGAUCAUGUUGACCCAACGUACUUCCAAUGGCUGUUCACCAAUCACACAUCGUCAACAGAUGAGCUCGGCGUUCAAGGCCAAUUCAAGACCGUGCCGCUCACUACCACCAACGAACGGCCCUGUAAAAUCAUCCGAUUACGAAUUUCGACUCUCCAGUCAGCCAGGCUGAACGGACAUCACUUCUGCGUACGAUUAUGGCAACAUCAGGCGGAUGAGUAUGGAAAACCUUUCAAUUACAUCGACUGUCUAGAGCAAGGACUGUUCACUACUGGCUACGGAGCUACGUUCGUAGGCGAACGUUUUCUUCAACAUCUGACUGUUACCUGGCCGACCAUGGCGGCAUCUGGCUGCAGUUCCCAACACGAUGUCCAGGAUCGACAAAUCCAGGUAGAUUUCCUAUGUGGACCUUCAGCCUGGCUUGAUUGA